AUGCCCACGAAUACCGGUGCAGUCAGUGACAAACACGACCUCAAGAGCUAUAAUAUCAAAGACGGAGACAUUCUUCUAAUUCAGAAGAUUAUGGGAACCGAAGGCCGACUCAUGCAAACCGGUGGUAACCCCUCGCAGACACCAAUCCUUCCAGAUUUCAGCUCAAUAUCCAUACCAUCGAUGAGCGGGUCAUCGACACAGCGCUCCAAUUCGAGCGGUUCUUCUCCGCAACAAAUCCGCGAGACUUUGCUCUCAAACCCGGAACAGAUCGCUCAUCUCAAAGUGAAUAAUCCACAGUUGGCUGAGGCUCUGGAGGCAGGUCUCGAACAGUUCACUAAAGUUCUGGAACAGCAACAGAGGAAUCGCUCGGAGGAGGAGAGGCGUCGCAUAAGAAUGCUUUUAGCGGAUCCCUUCGACUCGGAGGCCCAGCGGAUGAUCGCCGAUGAGAUCAGACAACAGCAGAUCGACAGCAAUAUGGAGACAGCGAUGGAGUAUUUGCCCGAAAGCUUUGGUCAGGUUUUGAUGCUUUACAUCGACUGCAAAGUGAACGGCUUUCCCAUCAAAGCGUUCGUUGAUUCCGGCGCUCAGUCGACAAUUAUGAGCAAAGCCUGUGCCGAGAGGUGUAAUAUCACACGUCUUAUAGACCAGCGAUGGUCUGGUAUUGCCAAAGGAGUGGGAACUCAACGCAUUAUGGGUCGCAUCCAUUUGGUUCAGAUUCAGAUCGCCAACGACUACUUGGCCUCCAGUUUCACAAUACUGGAGGACCAGCCCAUGGAUAUGCUGUUGGGACUCGAUAUGCUUAAGAGACACCAGUGCGCUAUUGAUCUCAAACGCAAUGUCCUCCUCAUUGGCACCACUGGAACGGAAACACCAUUUCUGAACGAAAACGAAUUGCCAGAGUUUGCCAAACAUAGGGCCAUGUCUUCGGCAGACAAUGAGAGCGAAUCCGAUUUAGACGAAGCCAUCAGACGAUCCAUCAAUGACUCACAGCCCACUACGAGUAGUAAGAGUACAAACUUUCCGGAAAAGGAUAUCAAAGAAUUGAUGGCUUUGGGAUUCACUAGAAAUCAAGUUAUAGAAGAGCUCCAGAAGUUUAAUGGAGAUAAAAACCAAGCGAUGGCCGCACUGUUCGCUAAGUCUCUGUCAAUUCCCAAAUGA